ACACGCCGGUAGGAUACAAAAGGGGAAUGUGGUGGACCUCCUGUCGUCCGCUACUUUGUUUAUUAGUCUGUACCGAAGGGGUAAGCUAGGCAAGUUCUGUGUCGACAGAUUGCCCAGCGCGAGUGCGAUAGAGGAAGCGCCCAUUACACCUACUGUAGGGGCCGCUGACUCUGUUGUGGGUCUUGACGGCCGAGUGACAGAUGGCACCUGUGCAAGUGCUGAGGGGACCGGUACAAGAAAUGCGGUGUAGGUGCAUGUCGUAAAAUGAAGCCGUGGAUACGCUACCAGUGUCUUAUUAGAAAUCUCCGCCCACUCGCGUCUGUCGAGUAGUCGCCACGGCCCUCUCUCUGUGUGUGCACACACGCCAGGUUAGAUCUCGGAACAAUGGGACAGUGAGGAAUAGGGCACACGUGGACACCGUACGAUGCAAGCACCUUGACGGCCCAAUGUCAUGUGGUGAUCAGAAGUAGUGCUGAACUCUCCUCCUCCGGUGGUACGGGAGGUGUACACUCAUGGUCUUUACCUACUAGCGCUAAGCGCAGAGACAGAGUCCUGCCACGACCAGCAGAGGAGCAACAGUACUAUAGAGAAGGGUACACAAGCCUUUCUAUGAUAAUACCGUCGGGAAACAGUACGGAGAAGUCGAUGAAACAAGCAUCCCGUUGGAUGCGUAUCUAGAUCCUUUAUGGAGCUAUAUCUAGAUAAUUUAUAGAGCUCCACUUUAGAACUACACUUAGAUCCCUUGUGGAGCUACAUCUAGAUCGCUUGUAGAGCUACAUUUAGAUCGCUUGUAGAGCUACAUUUAGAUCGCUUGUAGAGCGAUCACUCAUGUAGCUAUAUCUAGAUCUCUGUUGAAGAUAUUCAUAUAUGUAUCUAGAAUCCCUGUGGAGAUUUAUGUAUCUAGAUAUAUCUGGAUUCCUCGUGGAGGUAUAUCAAGAUAUAUAUCUAGAUCCCUUAUGGAGCUAUGUCUAGAUCCCUCGUGGAGCUAUAUCUAGAUACACCUAGAUCCCUCAUAGAACUACACCUGGAUCCCUUUGUAAAGCGGAAGCGAUACCUGGAGUCCAUGUGAAGCUGCACGUCCAGAGGCUCACAUACUACCGCGCAAUGACAAAACAGUCAGUGCGUGUACUGUUAUAAAGUGCAAGAGCCACGACAGCAUGGCAGGCUGUUCUCGAUUCUGUACUACAGGAGAAUAUUUUUUCGGAAAAGUUUGACAUCGCCUGUUGUGUGCUCUAGGAGUGGUGAGUGGUGUCUGGUUUGCAUGGACGAUCGGAAUAAUCUGAGAUCAAUUCUUGUCGAUUUUUUACUAUGAAUCAUAUGAUGAGUGUUUCCAAUCCCGACGAGCAUUCCACAUAAACGAUUUUGAAAAGUACAUUAC